AAGAAAUUUUUGGAAGAAUCUGGCCUGCUGCUUAUUAUUGCAAUCCUUAGCGGGUAGCUUUUGUGCCUGAUGCUCCAUUGAAUCACAAAAGCUUUGAUCCAAGUAUAAUGCCCAAAUCGAUGCAUUUUGUCUGCUUAAGCUGAUCUUUCCAAUUACUCCAUUCUCACAAAACAACAUAAACCCUAGCUAGCGUUAGAUCUCAUCACCAUGGGUGACUACAACGACGCCUUCAUGCGCAACCAAAACGUAGCCGUUCGUGGCACCACCAAGGGCCAGAACCGCGCCAAUGUUCUCCAGCUCAAACUGAUUGGGCAAAGCCACCCGACGGGUUUAACAGCUAAUCUGUUGAAGCUAUUUGAGCCUCGACCUCCACUGGAGUAUAAACCCCCUCCAGAGAAGAGAAAAUGCCCACCAUACAAUGGCAUGGCGCAGUUUGUGAGUCUGUUUGCUGAGCCUGGGGAUCCUGAAUAUGCUCCAUCGGUUCAGAAAGCUGAAAUUCCUGCACAAAGAAGGGCUAGAAUUCACAAAUUACGACUUGAGAAAGGUGCAGAGAAGGCUGCUAAGGAGCUUCAGAUAUAUGAUCCGAAUAAUGACCCAAAUAUUUCAGGAGAUCCAUACAAGACAUUGUUUGUUGCUAGGCUUAAUUAUGAGACAACUGAGAGUAGAAUUAAAAGGGAGUUUGAGUCUCAUGGACCAAUAAAACGGGUCCGACUGAUAACUGAUAAAGUGACGAAUAAACCUAGAGGCUAUGCUUUCAUUGAAUACAUGCAUACUCGAGACAUGAAAGCUGCAUAUAAGCAAGCUGAUGGGUGGAAGCUUGAUGACAGAAGGGUACUUGUGGAUGUUGAGCGGGGUAGAACUGUACCCAAUUGGCGGCCUCGCAGACUAGGUGGUGGACUUGGAACUACACGGGUGGGGGGUGAAGAAGUUAAUCAGAGAUAUUCUGGGAGAGAGCUACAGCAAUCAGGAGGAUCAUUCCGAUCUGAGGAGCCAAGGGUGCGAGAAGAUCGUCACAGCGAACGGGAUAGGGAAAAAUCUCGUGAAAGAGGAAGAGACAGAGAGAGGGAACGGGAGAGAUCUCAUGAGCGCUCCCAUGACAAACCAAGGGACCGUGACCAUAGAGAAGAUAGGCACCACAGAGAUCGUGAUAGGGAGAAGGACUGGGAGAGGGAGAGAGAACGUGGAUGGGACAGGGAUCGCGAUCGUGACCGGGACCGUGCACGUGGUCGUGGUCGUGAUCGAGGCCGGGACCGUGGUCGCGAGUAUGGCCGGGACCGUGACAGAGACAAUGGUAGGGAACAUGAUCGUGAUCGCCCUCGUGAGAGGGAUUAUGAAGUUGGUGACCAUGGUCGUGGGCGUUCCCAUGAUAGAGAAUCUAAUUAUGAUCAUGUUGAUUCAAAACAUGAGAGGGAUCGCCGUGCUGAAAGGGACUAUGAUCAUGCUGAGCCAGAGGAUGACCGUGGUUGGUAUGAACAAUCUGAGCAAGAGCAUAGGCAGCCAGAUGCCGAGCAUGAUCGGCGUUAUGAUCAUUAUGAAGAUCACCGAAGUAGGAAACAAAAUGAUCAUAUGGAUGUUCAAGGUGACCAUGACCGCUAUGAUCAUGAUCAGGAUCGUUAUGAUCGGAUGGAUGACGAUGAUUAUUAUCAUGAAGCAUCUGAAUCACAUCAAAGAGAGCAUGAAUAUCGGCGCUCAAAGAGGUCACUUUCCCAGGACUAUGAUAACUGAAGGUGCACGUUUGCUGUAAUCAGCUGUUGUGCUUUGCCUGUAAGGUCACUGAGGAUAACUGAAGCCCUUUUUGCUAUAUUGCUCUUUGCCUUUCCUGCCUGAUUUGGUUUGAAUUAUGUGAAUUAGUGUAGGUGUGUGUUUGAUUAAAAGCCAGAGUGGCUUGUUUUCUCUACUUUAAAUAUUGCUGUUGGACUUCCAUUUUAUGUACAAGUUAAUAGUAUUCAAGGAUAUUUGAUUGUUUUGCUGGAUUUUGUUCCUAAAUCUGAAAUGAUCCGGAUAUUUGCCUUGCU